AUGGUAAAGUACGGUGAUGAGCCUACUAAUACUUUUCAAUCUCGAUGGUCGGUUAAUGAAAUUAAAGAACGACAAACGAAUAUAUCGGUAUUUUCUCGUAUAUGUGAAGAAUAUACUGAUGCUGAACAUUUUUGUGAAUUUACUCGUAAGACAACUUCAAUUUUACUUCAAACGAAAACUGCGUCAUUUGUAUUUGCUGUAUCGCUUAUUUUACCAUUGAUUAUGAUUGGUGUUGGUAUAUCAAAUUUAGAAGAAUGUCCAUUAAAUCGAAACAUUCCAGUUUUUGUACUUGUUGGAGGUGCAAUAGCUUCACUUAAAUUACUACAAGUACUUUGGAAACAAUAUAAUCGUCGUCGAGUACCAGCUGAAGAAGAAGCAACUGAUACUCAUAGUGGAUCGACAUUUAUGGAUGUUCUAACAACAUUAUUUCUUAUUGUUUGGUUUAUAUAUGGUAAUCAUAUAAUAUAUCGUUAUCGUAUGCCACGUUUUGAACAAACAACUGAAGAUCCUGAACAUUGGUGUACAAAAAAUGUUUAUCUUUUAACAAUGAUAAGUGUCGCUUAUACAUAUGCACUUGUUACAUUAAUUAUAUUAAUUGUUCUUAUUGUUGUAUGUACUGUUCAUAUUCAAAAUCGUCGUCGUGCUGUCCAAGAGACUGAUGAUGUUGAAUGUACAUGA